UUAAAUAUUCAGGUCAUUGCAUGACGAAUACUUUGGAUAGUUACCUCGAACCUUGUAAUUAAGACCAGAUAUUUUCUUAAAAGGAAUCUCCACAAUCAUAAUGGCGCUGACAAGUCUUAUAUUAUUUGUUGCUGUUUUGGCGACAACAGACGGUCUGAAUUGCCUUGGACAAUAUUGUUCAGAUAAGGAAUACUGUUUGAUUAGGCGUCAUGAUAACUCUGGAACUUGUGUGGUACAGCACGGACACAGCAUGGAACACCAUCCAUGUUUGGGAGCCCUAACCCAUGGAGAUCAUUGUUAUUGUCACGAACAAGCAUGUGUUGAUUCUAUGAUCAGACAAGAAGCUACACCUGCUCCCACAAACGCCCCACCUAUCGUAACUGCCGCCCCAACUAUCGUGACUGUUUCCCCAACUGUCGUGACUGUUGCCCAAACAACCGCUGUUCCUAGAAUUGAAGUAUUCACAUGUUUUGGAACAACAUGCAUAACACCUAAAGUUUGUCGUGUGACGUUCGUAAACGCCAUUCCUAUUAGUGGAUCCUGUGAAUUACCAAAAGCCAAUGCAAUAUCUUGUAUCCCUCCACCUUCAAGCGGUGACUGUAAUUGUGAUUCUAGACUAUGCACCGGAAUUAUAGAUACACUGACAACACAGGCAACAAGUCAAGCUAGUACAGCCACUACCCCUAUGGCUGCAACAGAUGCUGUAACCGGUCAAGUAACCACUAUAGGAUUAACUUCAACAGUUUCUGAUGGAACAACACCUCUAACUUUAUGUGCAGACAUUGAAGACGCUAAGUUCAAUUGUAAAGACUACAAUGACCACUUUGGUUUAUGUACAUCUCUUACAUCUACAUUACAAAACAUAGCAGGGACCAGAUGCCCAAAAUUUUGUAACCUUUGUGUAAACGGAACAGCACCCACCCAGUCCACGUUGACAGGAACCACGACAUUACCUCCAUGUAGUGAUCACGAUACUCGAUGUUCACAAGCUUCAUACAAAACCUUAUUGUGCAAUCCAAAUGCAUUACCGGAUACAAAGAAAUAUGCCAUUGAGACAUGUCCACUGACAUGUAACUAUUGUGCUGAAUAUUAUGCCUUAUUGAACCCCACCGUUACUUGCAAUAUAUGUGGAGACUUAGCUGGUAAAAUCCCCUGCUCACAGAGCCUCGUUUUUAAGAAUAUCACUACAACUACCACUUGUCCGAGUAGCCAACAGUACUGCAUGACUGAUGUCCUUCAAGAUUCUUCUGGGAACAAAGAUAUUUUCAAAAGAUGUGUUGAUGAAGCUACUUGUCGAACAAAGUGGUUAACAGAAUCAGCUGAUCAAGACUAUUGCUCUAAAUAUGAUGUCGUGAAAAAUCCAAAUGCAUUCGAAUGCCACUUCUGUUGUCAUGGUGACUAUUGUAAUACCGGAAUCAAACCGAAAGAUUCAGUUUUGGUACAAAAACAGUCAGGAAAAUAAAAAUAAAACCCAAAAAAGUAAUGAUGUUUUAGGAAAUGUGUUUGUAUCGUUUGAUUCAAAAAUAAAGUGAAACCUAGAUUA